AUGGCUCAAAUCAAGAAACAGCGCAAUUACAGAAAGAAGAAGGCUGAUUCUGAUGACGAAGCCCAAGUUGAAUUGAGUCCUUCAACCACAAGUCCAGAAGACGUUAGUGUUCUUAGUGACAAGAUUGAGGAGUUGCAUGAAUUACGUCGGUUACGUCGUAAACAUGGUGGAAUUGAUGCCGAAAAGUUGUUUAAAGGAACCGAAAAGCCAAAAAAGAAAAAGGCACAAACAGACGACGAUCCUUGGAAACUAAAGUCAGGUGGUCUUGUUGAUCAGGAUGAAGCGCGAUCAGGAAGAAAAGAUGACGAGGAGGGCCCAGAGAGAAAGUUGAGACUCGAUACUUUUACAACUCAAACAAAUACAUUGGACGUCGAUAAGCAUAUGAUGGAAUAUAUCGAGGCUGAAAUGCGCAAGAUAAGAGGCGAUGGAGAUGAAGAUGAAGAGGAGAAGAAGAAUGGAAUGACCGAUAUUUAUGAAGAACUCUAUCACUUGCCUGAACGUCUCAAGGUUGAACAAAAGAGAGUAGAGGAAGGAAAUGUACAAUUGUCCACACAAAUGUUGACAGCAAUUCCAGAAGUGGAUCUAGGCAUCGAUGCUCGUCUCAAGAAUAUUGAAGACACUGAACGCGCCAAACGAAAACUUAUGGAUGAACAAGAAGGGGAUCGUGCCAAACCACCAUCAAAGAGAGAACCUCGUGUACCUGCUAAUUUUGAGAAGCAGAUUCGACAUGUUCAAUCCAAGCCUAGGAUGGAUCGUCGCCAAAUGGCAACAGACGAAGCAGUGGCAGAAAGGUUUAAAAAGAGAAUGCGUAAAUAAAUAAGUAAAUAAAUAAAAAAUAAAAAAUAAAAACU